GGACCAGCUCGGCAUAACCUGAUAAAGAAUAUCGCCCAAAAGAAAUACUUCCCUCGAUUGGGCUUGUUUAGUACAUUGCUACAGCUCGAACGAAAUGGAUGGUCACUCUUGGUUGCACUACAGUAACGGAACUGUUCCCCAGAACGCCGUCGUGGCUGGCCACGAUUCCGAUGGCGACACCAUCUUUGUUGGACGCGCCUUCUACUGCAACGACAUGCUGCCGGCCAAGGUGAUCCCCAAUAAGGGCAAGGCCUACGUGGCCUACGCUGGCAAUGAGGUGGAGCUCGAGAACUACGAGGCACUCAGUGGCCUCAACUACGAGUGGGUGUCUGCGGAAAACGGAGAGGUGCCGCCCGGCGCCGUUAGCGUGGGACAAAACGUCGAUGGUGAGGCGCUGUACGCGGGACGUGGCUACCAUGCCGGCUCUCUGACCAUGGGCAAGGUGCAUCCGUCGCACGGCUGCCUCUACAUCCCCUACGAUUCCGAGGAGGUGAAGCUCAUCGCCUACGAGGUUCUGUCGCGCCGCAUGAUGGCCAGAUAGGUCUACCCAGAGCACCAUUUGUUAAUCGUUAGCUGAAUUUCAAAUAAAUUUGAUACUUUUCAUAGAAAA